GAGAAAGCUAUUUCUGUCUCUGGAGACACUCAUAGGAUUGCAGUGUAAGUAAUUCAGAUCUGGGGACGGAAAAAGAGACUAGGAGUGUAUCUACACUGUAGAAUUAAUGUACAUUGACAUCACUUUAACUGUCAUGACUCGAUGUUAUGGAAUCAUGAAAGUUGUAGGUUUACAAGGUCUUUCUCUUUCUCUGCCAAAGAGUGCUGGUAUCUAACCAAAAUACACUAGGAGCCCCCAAUGGCGCAAUGGGUUAAACCCUUGUGCCGGCAGGACUGCUGACUGAAAGGUUGGCAGUUCGAAUUCAGGGAGUGGGGGUGAGCUCCCAUCUGUCAGCUCUAGCUCCCCAUGCAGAUACAUGAGAGAAGCCUCCCACAGGAUGGUAAAACAUCAAACAUCUGGGAGUCCCCUGGGCAAUGUCCUUGCAGAUGGCCAAUUCUCUCACACCAGAAGUGACUUGCAAUUCCUCAAGUCACUCCUGACACACAAAAAUAACCAAACGGUGCCUCCCAAAAUUCCACAGCAUUGAACCAGGGUAAUUGAAGUGGUGCCAAACUGCAUUAAUUCUACAGUAUAGAUAUGGCCUAUAAUUUGAGAGUAGCUAAAGAACCCCUACUUUGUACACAGCUUUAGACAGCAUUACUGGUUUUUCUUUUUUAAUAUUACCAUGUGUUUUAGAGCUUGUCUUUUACAUAAGAAAAUAAAUAUUGACUCAACAGAGCAAAGCUGAUAUAAAAACUCAAAAGGAUGAGAUCAAAACAAAAGAUGUCAAAGGAAUAGUUGCAUCUCAGGACAACUAGAUGGAGAAGCUGAAUUUUUAAGAUACAUUUUGUUAAGAAACCUGCUAAAUGUGGUAGAGGACAAAUGGUUUUGUUAUCUUGGGAGUUGCCUGGAACUGUUUGUUUUGUGUGUGUGUGUGUGUGUGUGUGGAGUACUAUUCCUUCUUUCUAUAUUUGUUUAAGAUCUAGAGCAGUGGUUCCCAACCUUUUUUUGACCAGGAACCACUUGACCAGGCAUCACUUUGACCAGGGACCACUCUCCAACAUUAAUACCAAAAUAAUUACUAAUCUGUUUUUGGUCAACUUUAGAUUCAGUUUGGUUAUUUGGGAUGCUGAUUCAAAAAAUUGCAUCAGAUAGACCACAUCAGGUCAUUUCUGAUACAGAACAUAUGCCAUCCAGUAGUCGCCAUCUGCUCGCCCAGUGGGUUUGGCCAUGCUCCAGAACCACUUGAACUGCUAUGUAAUCCCAGAAGUUGUAGUUUUACAAGGUUUUUUAGUCUUCUCUUCCAAAGAGUGUUGCUUCCCCACUAAACUACAAAUCAUAGGGUUCCUUAGCACUGAGUCAUGAAAAUGAAAGUGAUGUCAAACUGCAUUAAAUUCUAGUGUAAAUGCAUCCAUAAUCCAAUGCUCCAACCAUUACAACACACUGAAAAAAAAAGGAAUCUAGCCAUUUAGACUGAUUUAUUUAAGCUUUUAUGAAUUUCAGCCCAUUUUCUCAGAUGCUGUGAUGGAGUAAAAUAUUCAAGCCAUAUCUUGUAUUCCACAUGGUGUCAAAUAUAACUUGCAAGUAUGGAUUUCACUGUGAUCAAGACAAUCAUCCGCAUUGCCCUGAAUAUUGUGUCAACCUCCUUCAUCACCAAAUAUGAUAACUUGCCUUCAAUGAUAUUUAGGUUCAUGAUAUGGUGCAAACGUUUAAAAAGGCAUGUAAUACUGGAACACGCUGACCAGGAAGACUAUAGUUUCAGUUACUUCUCCAGAGGGAAACCUGGACCUCAGCCAUCCAUUUUGAUGCUUCAUGGGUUCUCUUUCAACAAAGAUAUAUGGCUUGAUACACUUGAGCUGUUUCCUCACGAUCUCCAUGUGGUCUGUGUGGACAUGCCUGGUCAUGGAGAUACCACUCGCCUCCUGCAAGAAAGUUAUACAGCAACUGCUCAAACUAGAAGGAUACAUCAAUUUGUGGAAUGGAUUGGUCUGAACAAAAGCCCGUUCCACCUUGUUGGCAUGUCCAUGGGAGGGAUGGUUGCUGGGCUUUAUGCUGCUGAGUAUCCAUCAGAGAUCUGUGCCUUGUCCCUCCUUUGUCCAGCUGGGCUAAGAUAUCCAACAGAAAGUGAGUUCUUCGUGUUCUUAAAAGAGUUGGUCUUCUCCAAGGACCCUUCAGACAGUACUAUUGUUUCAGUCGAUGAAAAAGAGGGAGAAAAGUUACUCCAGAUUUGUUUGUAUGAUCCCAGCUUUAUAAAGACACAGCUGGUGAAGGGAUAUCUUGAUGACCGGAGGCCACAUAAGAUGUUUUUUGUGAAUUGCUUCUUAGAUGUUUCCAGUGCCCGAUCCAGGUAUAGCUUUCACGACAACUUGAGAAAGAUCAAAGCUCCAACACAGAUCAUUUGGGGAAAGCAUGACAAGGUCUUUGAUUCUUCUGGUGCAGACAUCUUAGCCACCACCAUUCCCAACUCCCAAGAGCAUUUGUUGGAGAAAUGCGGACAUCUCAUAGUACUUGAGAGGCCCAGGAAAUCUGCUCAGCUCCUCCUGAAAUUCUACAAUUCUUUUCGUGACCUUGCAGAGAAUAAGAAAGUGGCAUAAAGAAAGCACUAAAGACUCAAGAAGCUGAAGAAGUAAUUGCUUCCUAUUCUGCAAAGAAAGUUGGAAUGGACAUUGUGGAUGCUUGCUGAUUUCCACCCAUCGUUAUACUAUAAUUGGUGAUCUAUUUUUUAAGGGGUGCUGCCCCAAUUUUCAGGCCAGGAUAUAAAAAAAACAUUCAAGUCAACUUUUUUCUCCCAAAUAUUGUAACAUGGAAUUAGAUUGUGCUAGGAAAAUUAGAUUGUGCAGUACAAAAUGACCAGAUAUACACAGUCAGCCUGAUAGAUAAGUCGAAAGCCGCUCUGAGUCCCCUCGGGGAGAAGGGCGGGGUAUAAAUGCAUGUAAUAAAUAAAUAAAUUUUGGUGCCAGGAUGAUGGAUUUUGAUACAACCCAUGGAUAAGUCAUUGUGCAGAGAGAAGAAAGCACAAUUCCAC